UGAUAUAGUUCGAGAAAUGGAUUCAAGAUUCAUCCAUUCCAUUCCUUCCUUGAGGUGUAAUGGUAAGAGUGAAAAUGAAAAGUAUAGUGACGAUGAAGAGAGAAAGAGUGAGUACACUUUUGUGAGUGCUCUAAGUAUGAAUGGAGGAGAUGGAGACAAUAGUUACUCCACCAAUUCUCUUCUUCAGAGAAGAGUUUUAUCAAUGACCAAACCCAUCUUGGUUAAAAACACCAAGGAAAUGUUGACAAACUUGGAUUUUCCUAAAUACAUUAAAGUAGCCGAUUUGGGAUGUUCUUCGGGGCAAAACACAUUCUUGGUAAUGGCAGACAUCGUUAACACAAUCAAUGCGUUAUGUCAAGAAUGUAACCAAAACCGACCAGAGAUAGAUUGUUGUCUUAAUGAUCUCCCGUGUAACGACUUCAACACAACUUUCAAGCUCAUAACUUUCUUCAACCAGAAGCUAGCAAGCGAAGGAUCGUGCUUCGUCUCUGGAGUCCCUGGUUCCUUUUACUCAAGUCUCUUCCCUCGCAAGAGUCUCCAUUUCAUUCAUUCAAAUUACAGUCUUCAUUACCUCUCUAAGGUUCCGGACGGAUUGGAGAAGAACAAGAUGAGUGUGUACAUAACAAGUUCAAGUCCUCUAAGUGAAUACGAGGCUUACUUGAAUCAAUUCCAAAGAGACUUUACGACAUUUCUAAGAAUGCGCUCUGAAGAGAUGGUAUCCAAAGGACGCAUGGUUCUCACAUUAAUCGGAAGAAACACUAUUGAUGAUCCAUUGUAUAGAGAUUGCUGUCAUUGGUCAACAUUGCUAUCCAUUUCUCUCCGUGACCUAGUCUUCGAGGGUAUAGUGAGUGCAGCAAAGGUCAAUUCGUUUAGCUUGCCGUUUUAUGAUCCGAACGAAGAAGAAGUGAAGGAGAUUAUUAGAAACGAGGGAUCAUUCCAAAUAAACGACUUGGAGACACAUGUAUUUGAUCUCGCUCAUUGCAACGAAGAUUGUAGCUUGCAAACACAUAGAGCUAAACCAGGGGAAAAAGUAGCUAACUGCAUAAGAGCACUGAUUGAGACGAUGCUUGUAGCUCACUUUGGAGAUGCCUUUGAUAUCGAUACAUUGUUUGAAAGAUAUGCACAUCAUGUGUCUCAGCAUACUAGCUGCAAGAACAAAACAUCUGUCAGUCUAGUCGUCACAUUGAUUCGGAAAUAACUUUCUUUAUGUAACAUGUACUAAGUUUAAGAUAACAAAUGAAAACGUCUUAAAUAAAAAAAUGACGUUUUGAUAUAAUUUAAACGAUCUAUACACAGAGAAAGCGGUUAUUGGAUGAAAGAUAUGCACAUCAUGUGUCUCUUUUUGUGUGCUA